UUCCCCGUCUUUCCACCCUAUCCUCCUUUAGCCUCUCUCCUUAUUGCUCUCCCUCUCGCCGCUACGUUCACUCACCCACGCACUCUCCAUCCUGCUGGGCCGUCAUGAAUGCUAACGCCGAAUUGUGUCUUUCGUGAUGAGCCAGCCGCCGGCAUUGCGCUCGAUUCUGCCUCUCGCGCCCCGUGCCGCAGCAACAGCCAGCUCUUGUCUUUCCCGCCUUCCCCUGAGGGCCCCGUCGUCUUGACUGAAGCCGCUCAAACAGCAAAGGGGAUCAAAAGCAGAGAAAAGAGACUCGGAACCGAAGAGACGAGGCAGUAGCUCAGUAUUCUCUCCGUCUCAGCACAGAAAGCACACCAUCAGCUGCUGCUACCCUCCUCCGCCCGUCUGUUCGCUUGGGCGCAACGCUUGAGCAGCGUGUCUCGUGGCCGAUGCCUUGGGAACUGGGGACCAGCUCAGGGCGGAGGAAUCGAGGUUUUCUCGGCGCCGACAGCUCUGCCUUGUCAUCUCAAGACGUUCAGGAUCGCCAUCAGCUGCGCUACGAGCUUGACCUCAACUCUUGGAACUUCCGCAUUUGGGCUGUUGCCGCCUCGGGAUUUCUCACCGACUCGUACAACCUCUUCUCGACCAAUGUCAUUCUGGCUUCUGUCGCAUUUGUGUACUGGCCACAUGGAGGCGAAUGGACUAGCCUCCUUAUCAACUUCUUUACCCUCCUUGGCUCCAUCGUCGGACAGGUGCUAUUUGGCUACCUCGCUGAUCGCUUUGGCCGUACCCGCCUCUAUGGAAUCGAGCUCGUUCUUGUUAUUGUCUCAACCAUUGGAGUAGCUACCAGCAGCCAUGGAUACGGCGACAUGUCCUUCCUCGGCUUGUUCAUCUGGUGGCGAUUUGUUAUGGGCAUUGGCAUUGGAGCUGAAUAUCCUUUAAGCGCCACGAUUACUACUGAAUGGUCUAGCACUCAGUCUAGAUCAAGCAUGCUUGCCAGCGUCUUCCUCAUGCAACCCGUUGGGCAAGCCCUGGCCCAGAUCAUUGGCUUGUUGGUUCUGAUCGGGUUCAACAACACCCAUGGACUCAAGGCGAAGCGGUGCGGGCUCGAUACCUUGCAUGAAGAGGAUUGUCGCAGAGCUGUUGACGGUAUCUGGCGCAUUGUCAUUGGCUCUGGCGCCGUGCCCGCGCUCCUCGCCAUCAUCUUUCGAUUCUUCUUGUUUGACUGCGGUCUCUACAGUCUCGAAGUCAAGAAUAAGCCUGCUGUUGCCAUUAUGAAUACGCAGCGUGUCUACGGUGCCCCUCCCGGCACUAACUCAAACAGUGUCCAGAUGAAUCCUACCCGCGGUAUCAUACAUCCAGAAAGUUCUUCUGGGCCGAUGCCAAUCCAGUUCUCCAGGGAGGACCUUUACAAUUACUUUAUACGGGACGGGAACUGGUACUACCUCCUCGGAACAUCAGCGGCAUGGUUCUUUCUCGACGUCAGCUUCUAUGGCCUCUCGCUCGAUAACCGUGGCACUUUGGCUGAUAUGUGGGCUACGUCGAAGCCGACGCCCAUAAACAGCUCACUGUCGUGCUGGGACUCGUCUCUGCCGGGAGGAAACUCAACGGUGCCUAGUUGGGUAACGGCGGGAAUCCCCGUAUGGCAGACGGACAAGACGGAGCCUUGUAAUACCAUUUACGACGUGCUGAUACAGCAGACCAAGCAGUAUCUGCUGACUGUCUCCUUGGCCUCGAUUGCUGGCAGCGUCUGCUUCAUCUUUUUUGCGAAUCGCAUUCCACGAAAACGAUGGCUAACGAAUUCCUUUUUUGUCCUGGCCAUUCUUUUCAUCAUCACCGGAGGCGUUUACUAUGGCGUCCACCAAGAGUCGGCCGCGCCCGCCACUGUCGUGUUUGUGGCUAUUUGCCAUUUCAUGUUUAACAUGGGGGCAAAUACACUAACAUUCAUCAUACCGGCUGAAAUCUUCCCGACGUGCUACCGAUCGACUUGCCAUGGUAUUUCAGCAGCAGCCGGCAAGGCUGGCAGCAUCUUCUCUUUGCUUAUCGUUUAUGGCAUAAACCAGGCGUACAAUAGCGACAGCCGCCAGGGCCUCAUCUUUCUUCUCUUUGGCUCGGUUGCAGCCUUUGGUGCCGUCUUUUCUUGGGCGUAUCUGCCCGAUCCACAGCGGUGGGUGGACGAUGGAGAAGGCAAGAAGUACCUCGAGACGAAGGACCUCGAGGAGCUGGGCGAGGGUCGCGUCCGGGCGCGGCAGAGCGGCGACGUCGUCACCUUUAGCGAGAAAUGGGCCGACAUUAGGAGGCGGAGAAGAGAUACGGCCCAGUUUCGCCGCACAUCUUCUUGAUAUCCAUUACUUGUGUUGGAUUACUGUAAUUAUUUCUCUUGCCAUCUCUGGGGCGGAAAAUGUUGGGUUUAUUGGCUAGAUUCAGCCAUGU